AUGACUAAAUAUGUAUUGACAAGGUCCCAUUCAAUAUCUACCGACCCAGACCGCGAAGGGGAAGCGAUAGCCCAAGAAACAGUUAAAUUAUUAGAUUUAAAACCUUCGCAGUAUCAGCGGCUCCUUUUUUACGAAAUAACCCCUCGCAGUAUUAAAGAAGCAUUAAAUAACCCUUUAUCUAUUAACGAAAAUUUAGUAGCCGCCCAAACUUCCCGACAAGUUUUAGACCGCAUGAUUGGUUUUUGCCUUAGCACUAUUCUCCAAAAAAAACUUUCCGCUUUAUCGGCAGGGAGAGUUCAAUCCGUAGUUUUAAAAUUAAUCACUAAACGAGAAUUACUAAUCAGAAAUUACGAAAAGAAAAAGGACUAUAUUAUUUGUGGUAUCGGUCAAGUAAACCAACAAAAAAUAACUCUCCGACAAGUAAAUAAUUUGGGUGAACUGAUUGUUUAUAAAACUAAACCAGAAGCAGAAGAGAUAAAAAAGAAACUGAGUUUAACCUUUCAACUGAUUGGUGAAAAAAAAGAGCAAAAAUUAGCACUUCCUAAAUCACCACUAAUUACUUCUUUAUUGCUUUUUGAGGCUAAAUCUCAGUUAGGAUUUUCGGUGGCUCAAACUACCCAAAUAGCCCAAAAAUUAUAUGAAGGGGUAUGGGUAAGCAGCAGAAAAAAACAAAUAGGGUUAAUUACUUAUCCCCGAACCGAUUCUACUCGCAUUAAUCGAGAAUUUGUCAAUCAGGAACAGAAAAAAGUUAAUAUUCAAGACGCCCACGAAGCCAUUCACCCUACUUAUUUAGAAUAUUAUCCCGAAGAAGUUAAAAGUUCUCUUUCUCUUGGAGAAUACCAAUUAUACAAAUUAAUAUUUAACCAUACUUUGGCUAGUUUAAUGAGUCCGGCUCAACUCACCAAAAUUACUUUUAACUUUCUGAAUAAUGAUUACUACCAUUUUACUACUACGGAACGAAUUUGUCAAUUCGCCGGAUUUUUGGCUUGUGCUCCGGAAAUUUAUUUGCCAAAUUAUAAUAUAAAAUUAAAAAGUGAUUUAGAAGGCCUUUCACAAUUAAUUGCUAAAAAAGUUGAAGUUCAAGAAUAUUUAGAAAACAAACCAGUUCGUUAUAAUGAAGGAAGUGUAGUUCAAGAAUUAGAAAAAUUAGGGAUUGGUCGUCCUUCUACUUAUAAUACUUUUGGUAGAGUAUUGUUGAAAAGAGGUUAUGUAAUUUUAAAUGAAAAAGGGCAGUUUGUUCCUACCGAACUAGGAUUUUCGGUUAAUAAUUGGCUUCAAGAAAACUUUUCUUCUCUAAUUAAUGAGGGUUAUACUGCCUUGCUUGAAACAGAGUUAGACAAAAUUAGCCAAGGACAAAAUAACUAUUAUGAUUUUGUCAAAAACUUUUGA